AUGUCGCUAAUGCUUUACGCCACGGAAGAAUCUGCUAUCAAUAUACCAAACCCGUCAUGGUCCCCAGCAUAUGUGGGAUCCAACCGCAUCGUUGGUGCCUCAGAGUCUCAAGCUAAUGCUAGCUUGAAUGCUUGUUGUCUUGCACUCAACAAGUCAUCGCAACUGGAAAGUACUAAGGUGCCUACCUACGACUUUAGCAGUAUACCUUCAGAUGCCUUACCAUGUAUUCGAUGCUUCGAAAGGACAAGUAAUGUCAGGCCCUACGAACCCGAGCCUUUGCACGCGUCUGCAUCAAUAAAUAUGCAGCAGCAUUACUUUCCAAAAGAGAUAGAAGACUAUUGCCUCUUGGCCGGCGCAUGCGGCUCCCCAGGUAUUCAAGUGUUUGGUAGUGUCAAACAAGGAGACAAUGAGGUCGUUUUCGAUUGUUCCGGAAACACCUUUUCAACUCAUAAUGUUAAAGGAACUCUCUUGCCUGGGGAACGCCUUACAUUAGUAGGGUAUAUGAAGAUCGGCGACCAGUAUGUAUACUUCAGUGGAUUCAGUGGAUUGAAUUUAGACAUAUUACAAAAUGGAGAUGUCGUAUAG